AUGGAAACGAUACUUGACCUACCAAUUGAAAAUAAGAUAUUUUAUGCUGUUCUGGUGUUCUCGUGGACGGUUUAUCUAUGGGAGGCCUACCUUGCGUACAGACAGGUAAUUGUUUACUUUGUUUUGUAACUGUCUCUCUGUCUAUACCGCACAAGGCUACCAUUACUGCAUUUCACAGCUGGCUAGCUAGCCGCUGCCCAUUCAUAGACGCUACUAGCUAACUACUUUAGCGCCUCUUGACAAUAGUACCUUCUGACCGGGGAUGUUUGUUAAGAGCCCCGACGCUUGUUCUAAACAUUAACACGCAUUGCUUUGCUCGGAACUGUUUUGGAAACAUGAGGAACGUGUCUUUGAUAUCAGCCAUAAAUACUUAAAUAAAUAAAAAAAGGUAUAUUACUAACUAGGUUUUUUUUAGGGUUAGUGUUCCCACACUGCCAUAUCUCCAUGUUACAGCACUUGAUUGUGGAACACAGGCCGCCACCAUUGCCAAUUAGCUAUCUAGCAUGCUCUGAACACCGCUGUGUGUAAGAUAACUGGGGAGGAAGUGUAGUUUGUCAUCUGGAGACACAGUGUAUGGAUCUGUGCAAAACUACUACAGUGUCGGAGUUGUAGUUUACAAGGAGCCAAAUGUGGGCGAAUGUAAUGGCUGAAAACCCAACACACUGAGAAGGGUUUUCGAGAGCUAGAUAGCAGCCUGCUGACUCAGUUUCAUUUAUAUUGUUUAAAUAACCACGUUUCUGUCCACAGUUUUUAUGAGUAAAGUCAUACCAUAUAAAAAAAAAUCAGGCCAGCUGUGCUGGAAACGGGAAGUUUCGGUACUAUUUUUAAAUUGCUGACAGAUCAUUUGUUUCUUCGACAUGGUGGGGUCUUUUUGUGUCUAAAAUGUAUUAUGUGAGAAAUAGAGGUGGAAACACCUUUAUGCGGAAAUAUUGAUAUCAUAACCAUAUCGAAAUAACUUUGAUAUCAUAACCAUAUCGAAAUAACUUGGAGUCACGCAAUGAUAUGGUGUGUGGUCCUCCCACUACGACUCGGGAAAGCAUGCAGUUUAUUAGGCUACAGAUGAAAUAAGUUAUGAACUUCACAGGGUGGUGAAAGUGCACGGUGAUCUUGAUGCUCUUUUUCAAUAAAUAUCUAGGGCCUUAUUUUAGUGACAUGAUAAUCGAUGCUUGACUUCCGUUUGACAAAUACAAAUAUUCUCGCUCUUAGGCUAUCCAUAAUAAUCUAAUCAUGUAGACUAGACUGCCCGCACUGUAUUUGCAAGCUGUUGGCUAGAGUGCAUGUGCCAAGACCAAAGUAGGCACAUUUGCUAUUUAACACAGUUUUUGUGACACAACUAUCGGUAGAGUUGAAAAUGCGAUGGAAACACAUUGAACUUUAGAUUUUUAUUCGGUAUAUGAAAACGUAAGCGAAAAAAUCAACACGAAGUGAUUUUUAUCCACAACAAGUCAUUUUGUUGGAAACACUACUGGUGGGAAAAUGUGCAUAUUUUCGUUGUUUUUUGGAAUAUUCGCAUGAAAAUCUGUGUUUGCCAGUCUCAAUAUUUUGCCAAGAACGAAGCUGUCUUCGGGAUUGCCUAAUAAAUCAGACUGUGAUACCAAUUGUUGAUAUACAGUCUGAAACAAAGCACUGCUAGCCAGAAUGAUGAAUACAAUUACAUUUGAAUUUAGCUACUCUACGGGUUGUCUGUGCAGUUGGUCCUUCAGCUGGUUGAAAUUUGAGACAAAAUAUCCACAGGAAAGUAUUAUUUACCCAACUUUUUAGAGCGCCGGUACUGCCAAAUAUCUAUCACCUAUUAUAUUAGCAAAAUAUUGUAGUUAAGUGCCUGCAAGAAUUUGCUUGCAUGUACUUCCUUCUGUCUUGUGCACGUGCCUUCGUUGAUGAGCAAGUAAAUCGUGAUAGCCACAGAGACCUGCGAAUUUGAGUCGGUUUAAUAAUACUUUCCUGUUGAUAUUUCUCAAAUUUCGACCAGCUGAAGGACCAACCACACUGACAAUUGGCAGAGUAAGUUCAAUUGCAGUUUAGUCAACAUUCUGGCAUGUAAAGGACUGUUUGGAAUUGUUUUAUCUAAAAGCUAGAGACUGGAGUGGAGGCUUGUCCAAUCCACACUUGGAUUUGUAGAGGCUAUCUCAUCUUUGUACUGCAACUUGAGACCCCACGAGUCAUUCUGUAACAUGGAAAUUGCCUUUUGGAUGAGCUAUAUGAAUGGAAAAAUAAUAUGGAUAAGUUGUCUUCUAACCACACAGCGGAGGAUAUACAGGUCGACCAUGCACGUGCCACAAGAGUUGGGGAAGAUCAUGGACACGGACACCUUUGAGAAGUCACGUCUUUAUCAACUGGACAAGAGCAACUUCAGUUUCUGGUCUGGACUGUAUUCAGAAACUGAGGGGACGGUGGGUACAACUAAAAUAUCCAUUGGUUUGUUAGGACCUACUUUGUUAUAUUAGAACGUAGCUGCCUCCUAUUUAUCUGCUUACAGAGCGUAUCACCACACAGAGGGACUUGUGUGUUUUUAACACUGUUGUGUUGUCUUAUAGCUGAUCCUGCUCCUUGGUGGAAUCCCUUUUCUUUGGAAAGUUGCUGGGACUGUGACUGCUCGUUUUGGAUUGGGUCCAGAGUAUGAAGUGUGUGCAUGCUCCACGGUUAAAAUUAUCGGUCCAGUAUUAUAAAUGUUUAUUUUCUUGAAUCAUUCCAUAUAUUUCAAUGGUUCUUUUUCUUUUAGAUCUUCCAGUCUCUUUCGUUUCUGAUGCUUGCGACUCUGUUCAGUGCCUUCACUGGCCUUCCCUGGAGUAUCUACAACACCUUUGUCAUUGAGGAGAAGCAUGGCUUCAACCAGCAGGUACAUUGUCCAAACUCUCUGUCGACAUCCUUAUUAUACAGACAGACGUUUCGUAGUUUGAAUCAAUUACACUUUUUCACUGGCAUGGUUUUAAACACCCAGUCUCUAUGCUUUUUGUUGGCAUCUAUGGUUCUCCUUCCAGACGCUGGGGUUCUUCCUGAAGGAUGCUGUGAAGAAGUUUAUUGUGACCCAGUGUAUCUUGUUGCCAGUGACCUCACUGCUCCUCUACAUCAUCAAGAUUGGUGGAGACUUCUUCUUCAUCUACGCCUGGCUCUUCACCCUGGGGGUCUCUCUGGUUAGUCAUUUUACCUAGGGCUGUGGCGGUCAUUACAUUUUGUCAGCUGGUGAUUGUCAAGCAAAUAACUACCGGUCUCGCGGUAAUUGACCGUUAAUUAACAUAUACACGUUUAGCAUCUCCUGGCUUCCAUGCAUAGCCUACAAGCCACUGAUGCAGACCUUUGGAACAUCUACAUUUAAAAAAAGUCUAAAUCCAUUUUAAUAUAGCCUACACCAUCACAAUAAAUCCAUUAUUUAUUUUAGACUGGUCUAAAGAAACAUGAUAUGAAGAAAAUGUAGUCUAUUUCAGAAGAACAGAAAAGUUGCAUGAAAGGCAUGAGCUAUGAUUUGUUUCUUGUGCAGGCUGAACACACUUCAUCAGUCUCUCAUUCACAAUUUGACAAGCACUUGAUCAUUUUCUCACCAGGCCUUGAAUUUCCCGGCGGAGGCCCCCUUGUGUGACCAUAAUGCCCCCUAAAAAAUGUAUGCCUUUUGCGGCCACUUGUUGUGCACUUGGGCUGAUUAUAAUAAUUAUAAUUCCCUUCUCCCGGCUGCCGUGCUCCGAAGCACCUCUCACUCACAUGGCUCUCUCAGAUAUCUCAAUUCUUAUUAGCCAAUGCCCAUCAUGUGAUCGGGUCCUUCUCACAGACAUCUCAGCUAAGAAGUAGGCUACAAGUGAAGAUUCGUAUCGAAUUCCGAGGCGCAUAUUGAAGAUGUUAGAAGAACUGUCCACAUUUAGCAUACUUUUCGUCAGCCAACAAGCUGAGUAGGCUUAACGAACAGCAAAAGCACUAGCCCACGUUUCCCCAAUUGGCGGCCCGUGGGCCUUAUUUGGCCCCCCAUGUUUUCUGCGCAUUUUCAUUGUUGGACGUAAAAAAAAAAAGUCAAAACACCAGGAAUCAGCUCCAAGUGGUUUUAAUUUAGGAAAUCUGUUCCCAUGUAAAUUAUUUCCACCAUAAUAGAGACACACGAUCAUAUACAAAUAUAAGCAAGGUUUGAAAUUAUGUUUUAGUCAAAUAUUAUAUCUGUUUGGCCUUCUUGCGGUCAAUUUGCAGUCUACAAAUUAUUUGUAAUUAUGUUCCGGCCCCCCGACCAUCCACUCAAGUACAAAUCGGCCCGCGCCUGAAUCUAGUUGAUGAUCCCUGCACUAGCCUAUGUCAAUCUACUAUCCCCCAUAAUACAAAAGUUUACCUAUUCUAAUAAAUAUUCCAAACAUACUCUGGGACAGUUGUGGGAUGCUAUAGAUCCCAAAUUAAUACAUCCACUCGCAUAAAAAAAAAACUUAAAAAAGCAAUGAAGCUGAUGCAACUGGAUCAGAACGUUUAGCUUAAAAUGUUGAUAAACUAUUUGAUCAACUAUUUCUUCACAGCAAUGCACACACAGCGACUGUUCCAAAAUGCAAUCAAAUAGCGGGAAAACACUGUUCUCAAAGGUGACCGUAAAUGCGAUUAUGCAUGUAAUGCUUUAUUAUAAAGGUGCAUUUUUAUGGUGAAAAUGAUCUUCCCCAAACUUUAAACUCACGUGCCGCCUAUGUAUGCCAGUUAUCCUCUACAUCGGUUGUAAAGCGGAUUCAUGUGCUUAAUUUUAAAAGUUAUUUGGCCACUUUAGUUAUGAUACAUAUGGGCUAGGCUACAUGAUGUGUGCAACUUUGAUUUGAAAAAGUUGCCAAAAAAAGGCAUGUGCUGUUUCUUGCCUUACUGCACGCGCUGGGCAUCAUUCACAAGUGAUAAUAUAUCAUUCACAAGUAAUAGGCUAAUAUUGUCACCCAUCAGACUAUUCUUAAUUUAAUGUUGUCUUUACAUAUACUAAAUAAUAUAUUUGUGAAAUUAGUUUGGAUUUAGAAUUGACCAUUAUCAUGCACCUGUCUCGGAACAGGUGCAUGGGGGAAAUAAAAUACAUGAAAUCUAUUGCACUUAAAUAGCGAAUGGAGGACGCUUUUCCCGUGGUUCAUUUUCAUGGCAGCCAGGUAGGUUAUACUCCUGUUGUAAAGCGAAUCAAUGUGCUUAAUAUUAGGAAAGUUGAUACAUAAAUAUAGUAGGCCUAGCCUAUAGAAAGCUAAUGGGAUCCUCUUUUUAAUAGAGGCCAUCAAAACUAUGUUUUCUCAUGCAAUUGCAUAGCCUAUAGAAAUGUUGCGCAACAAGAGCUCAUGGGCUCUCACUAAGUGUUUGAUUUGAUUUUCAAAAACAUUUGCAUUGAUGUCAGAGUGAUUAGAGGGACAAUAGAGUGCUGAGUACCAGGCAGUUAGCAAGUUUGGUAGGCUCCUAAUGACCAUCAGCAGCAUCAGAGCUUGGAGAAACCAAGUUACCGUGACUAAACGGUCAAGUGGAAUUUGACUGCUGUCAUGACUCGUGACCGCCGGUGUGGCGGCUACCUUGAAAAAGCAGUUGUAUUAUAGGCUCAAGCGGUUAAAUGAUGCUUAAUGAGUUAAGCUAUAGUCAAGUUAGUCUAAUGUAUUUCAUUCUGAUCAUUCUUCCUCUCUUAGGUGCUGGUGACCAUCUAUGCUGACUACAUUGCUCCCCUAUUUGACAAGUUCACCCCUUUGCCAGAGGGCGAGCUGAAGGAAGAGAUUGAGAGCAUGUCCAAGUCUAUCAGUUUCCCCCUCACUAAGGUCUAUGUAGUAGAAGGUAAGGCACAAUGCAUGAACUCAACAACUAGUUUUGUCCAAAAGAUGUGACAGCUUCCACUGUAUCUAUAAUUGUUUAUCAUCAGAGGAGACCAAGUUAUAAUGGGCGCUGAGGAGACAUUUUCGCUCUAACAUAUAUGGACAUAAAGUUGUAUUGUAAUUAGGGCUGUCAAGCACUAAAACAAUGUAAUCGAAUUUGCUCAAAUUAAGCUGUAAUCUACGAUUUUUCAUACAAAAAACAUUACAAGAAUAUUGACAUCUUGAUUUGUCUAAAGUAACGGUUAGGUAAAUUGAGAAAGCACACUUUCUUUAACCUCAAUAUCAACUUGUUUUUACAUUGCAUUGUUUUUAGCUUUAUAGAUUAUGUAUUUGGGAUGUUUUCAGACAAUGCGAUUAAUCACGAUGAAAAAAAAAGAUUUUGUGCACUAAAAUUUCAAAAGGUUAACUGAUUUAUUACUCUGACAGCCCUAAUCUGUUUUGACCUACUCUUCCAGGUUCCAAGCGCUCCUCCCACAGUAACGCUUACUUCUAUGGGUUCUUCAAGAACAAGCGCAUAGUGUUGUUCGACACCCUGAUGGAGGACUACUCCCCCCUCAACAAGGAUGGAGAGCCAGAGACUGUGCCAGCAGAGGAGACUGACACACCAACCGAGGCCAAAGCCAAGCCCAAGGUCAGACAUUCUCCUUUACACAGAGAACUGUGUCAACAUGUUAUUCAUCUAAAAUACUGAAAGAAGGUUCAGGACAGCAACUUGAUUUCCUUCAAUUAUAUUUAUUGCUGAAGCAUUUCGAAGCAAGCUUCUUCUUCAAAGCAGUCCAGUAUUACAGAGCACGCCUUCAGCGUGACAGAAUAUUUUUGGAAUCUUGGUUAGAGCGCUGCAAGCACACUUCAACUUUCAUGUUAUGAAUCUAAUUUGUUGAGGUGGUCCUAUCAUAGAAACCUAUAAGAUGGUGUACUAGUAUUUGUAGUCAGUGUUUCAUACAUCAUUCCUUAAAAUCAAGCCAUUGAUGUUCUAACUCUUUUCAGAACAAGAAGCAAGGCUGCAACAACCCAGAGGUCUUGGCCGUGUUGGGCCACGAGCUGGGCCACUGGAAGUUGGGCCACACUGUGAAGAACAUUGUCAUCAGUCAGGUUUGUUUGGGAAUUCCCUUGAUAUGUGUUUGCAUGUCAUAGGCCACUCUCUAGCAGGUCCUGUAAAUUCACAUGUUGAUGUAGAAAUGUCAAUAACCAUGUUUCCAUCCACAGUUUUUAUGCGAGUAAAGUCAUACUGUAAAAAAAUAAAAAGAAAUCCCGACAGCUGUGUUGGAAACAGGAAGUUUUGGUACAGUUUUAUAAAUGCCGACAGAUAAUGUGUUCGUUCGACAUGGUGGGAUAUUUUUGUGUCGGUAAAAUCAAUGAUGCGAGAAGUGGUGGUGAAAACGUUUUUAUGCGCAAAUAAUGAUAUAAUAACCAUAACAAAGUAAACUUGGAGUCACGCUAUGACUCGGGAAACCAUGCAGUUUAUUAGGCUACAGAUUAAAUAAAUUGUAGUGAAAGUAAACCCAGAGUAGGCACAUUUGCUAUAUAACGCAACAGUUUUUGUGACAACUAUCAGUAGACUUGAAAAUGCGAUGGACACGCAUUCAACUUUAGAUUUUUAUUAGGUACAUAACAACUUAAGCGAAAAAUUACAUUUUGUAUGCACUACAAGUCCAUCCGCAACAAGUCCAUCAUCUAUAAAUCUCUGCUAGGCAAAUCCCCGCCUUAUCUUAGCUCAUUGGUCACCAUAGCAACACCCACCCGUAGCAUACGCUCCAGCAGGUAUAUCUCACUGGUCAUCCCCAAAGCCAACACCUCCUUUGGCCGCCAUUCCUUCCAGUUCUCUGCUGCCAAUGACUGGAACGAACUGCAAAAUUCUCUGAAGCUGGAGACUCUUAUCUCCCUCGCUAACUUUAAGCAUCAGUUGUCAGAGCAGCUUUCCGAUCACUGCACCUGUACACAGCCCAUCUGUAAUUAGCCCAUCCAACUACCUCAUCCCCAUAUUGUUAUUUAUUUUGCUCAUUUGCACCACAGUAUCUCUAUUUGCACAUCUAUCACUCCAGUGUUAAUACUACAUACGUAAUUAUUUUGCACUAUGGCCUAUUUAUUGCCUUACCUCCAUAACUUACUACAUUUGCACACACUAUAUAUAUUUUCUGUUGUAUUUUUGACUUUGUUUUGUUUUACCCCAUAUGUAACUCUGUGUUGUUGUUUUUAUCGCACUGCUUUGCUUUAUCUUGGCCAGGUCGCAGUUGUAAAUGAGAACUUGUUCUCAACUGGCCUACCUGGUUAAAUAAAGGUUAAAUAAAAUAAAAAAUAAUAAUAAUUGGUGGAAAAACACCACUGGUGAGAGUGUGAUAUUCUCUUUAUGCAGAUUUGUAGAAUAUUUUCGCAUGAAAAUCUGUCGCCAAUUGGAUGGAAACCUAUGUUAUGGUUAAAAAAAAAUCUCCCCUGCCUCUGUCCUUGCAGAUGAACUCCUUCUUGUGCUUUUUCCUCUUUGCUGUGUUAAUUGGACGGAAGGAGCUGUUCAUGGCCUUUGGUUUCUAUGACAGCCAGCCCACGUUGAUUGGGUUGAUGAUCAUAUUCCAGUUCAUCUUCUCCCCAUAUAAUGAGGUGAGUGACUCCAUCGCCUAAACAAUGCAUUUAUAUCUAACAUCUUAAUACACUUUUAUGUAGGCCUUAGCUGUUGGCACUGCACGUGUUGUGCAGAGUUUGUUGCGAAAAUACCUUGGGCACAGUAGUAAAUAUUAUCAAAAGAAAUAUACAGCUAAAGCUACAAUAUAGAGUAUCUAUUAAAGGAUAAAACAAUUAAAUGUUUUAUGUACAACCAAAUCUAUUUUUGAUGGAGACACUUUUUAGCGAUUUCUGUUGUUUUUGAGAACAAGCGAUUCACUUCCUCAUCCUCGUUGUGCAGUAAGGAAGGCUCAGAUUAUUAUUUUUGUUUUACAAAUGCCGCAAAAACACACAAAUACGUCCUUUUAGUAAUGCCGAGUGCUUUUUGAGAUCGUUUCGGUUUGAUUAUUUAAAAAAGAAUUGCUGUUUUCGGUUCAUGCACUAUGCACUGUGUGGGUUGAAUGCUGUAACAACACAGAUAAAACAAUUAAUAAAAGUCCCAUGAUGGUAGUGACUGCCCAUUUACUGCUUAUCACUUAUUAACCAUCCUUUAUUCACAUUACUUUACUUUAAUAAAAUAUUUCAGUUGUGUAUAUUACAUUUCUUAGUCAUCUUAUCUCUAUAGAGCUGCUGGCAAUGCUGUCUAACAAAAUCACAAUUUUAGUAGUUCAAAGUAAGUAAGGCAUACUUUUAUGACGGCUGAUUACCAACUCUCAAUCACUUAGAUCAUGUACUUUCAGGUAGAGAGACCUCGCGAACCAACUGCUCUCUAUCCCUCUCAAUCGCAUAUUCUUACGUAGCAGGCGUAAAAGAAACACAGACCGGACAAGUAGGUGCGCAAUGGAUUAUGGUCAUUGUAGUUAAUUACCACAUUUUUCUGCGCUAAACUAUGUUGAAUAUGGUCUGUUGGAAACUACAACACCCUACUACAUCGCACAGUUCGGGUAUUCAAAUAAUUGAACCAAUGAAAAUAACACAUUUCGGUUAAUCGCUCAGCACUACCUUUUCGAAAUGGAAAAGCGCUCAGUAUAGUGAUGCAGGUCUUUAGAUGUUGUACACAUUAAAUUGUCAUUCCAAACGUUAUCCGCACCGUUAUAUUCCAUUUUGUUUGCGACACGAGCGAUACCUCUCCAUCCAUUCUAGCAGCAGGCUAUACAGAGAAUGGAACAGCUGGAUAGGGGAAACCGCUGGAGUGGCAAAAAAUUAGUAUAACGUUAUGGAUAAAGUUUGGAAUGACACAAUUUCAUGUGUACAACAACUAAAGACCUGCAUCACUGUACUGAGAGCGUUUCCAUUUCUAAAAGGACUAAUUUUGAUGGUUUUGGAGCAUUUGUUCAUGCUCUUUCUGAGUCCCGUACUGCACAACAAGGAUGAGGAAGUGAACCGCUGGUUGGGGUAAGUUUAUAAAAAAACAUGACAUUUACAUAAAAAAUUGAGAUUUGGUUGUAAAAAAGCAAAGUUGAAGUUUUAUUAGUUGUACUGUAUGUACAUGGUAUACAACGUCCAACAAAAUGCUUACUUGCAGGUUCCUUCUCGACAAUGCAACAACAAAAAGAAAUAGUAAAUAAAGAAGAAUACGAACUUAAAGUAAAUGGCAGUAGAAUAGGAAAAAAUGUUUGAGUAUAAGUAUAAUACAGGAAGGCACUAUUUAUAGUACAAUAUUUACACGUGUUUUGGGGAUGGGGGGUGAAGUGUAUACGUUUAGCAGUAUAAUAAGAGUCUGGAAUCAGCUGUUCUGAUAUGUGCAGAGAAUCCGAGCAGGUGGUCUCCUUUAAGUCGGCUUUAAACAGAAAAGGUUGUUAAAAUGAGGACGGGAUGCUAAGAGUACCUCUGACACUUCACUGAGGAAAACUGAAAUUGUUUCCCCUUCUUACCUCCAGGUCCUGUCCUUCUGUCUGACGGUCCUGAGCCGCAGGUUUGAGUUCCAGGCGGAUGCCUUUGCACGGGGCAUGGGCCGAGCCUCAGAGCUCUACUCCGCCCUCAUCAAGCUCAACAAAGACAACCUGGGCUUCCCUGUGGCCGACUGGCUCUUCUCCAUGUGGCACUACUCCCACCCUCCCCUUCUGGAGCGCCUACGGGCCCUGGGAGGCACCAAGCAGGACUGA